AUGAAGACUGGCGAGGCCCCAAAGAUAUGGAGGAUAGCUCUAUGGAAAGCAGAUGUGUCGGUGGUAUCUAUCACGACAGACGAUGCAAGCCAAGUAGGCAAUGGUCUCCCUCCAAAGUGCGAGGUUGUCCAGCGAUCUGGAGCAUCUACAGUGGCUCUAGCAUGUAAAGAAGCGUCUAUUGAGUGGACCAUGAUCAGCUGUUGCUUCUCGGAGUACUUUCCCGUCAAUAUGUGCCUCGAGCGCACAAUAUGCCCGUUGCAAGGCAUUCCACACUCUGGUGCGGAGCCAGCAAGGGGACUCUAUGCUCAUGGGGACAUGAUACCUCGCAUACAGCAUGUUGCUUUUCUCGUCCUGCCGAAUGUAAACUUGAUGGGGAUUUUCAUCGCUCUCUCGAAUAUCCCGUGCCUCGAAACAGUCACCGUCGUCAUUCCUCCGCACCCCAUCGAAGGCGUAGGACACUUGGGUCGCCACGAAGUUUCACAAAUCGCGCGGGCCCUUGCAGAAUUGGCGGAUGAGCCUGCCACUGGCUCGCAAGAUGGCAAGUUUGGUCACGUUGGACUGCUUUUGAGGGGAGAUCCACCAAGCCAGGCAGUGCGGGUUUUCUACAGCCGCAGGGAUGCGCCCCGAGUGAAGCUUCUUACACCACGAUGCAGCCAGCCCUCCUUGCACGAUCCGAUGCUUCGGAGCUCGUCGCCGGGUUUCUCACUCAUUCACUAUGCAUAA